GCUGCACAGAGGCCGAGGAGCAAUUUUACGCUUUAAAGCACAUGUAUUCAAAUUAAAAGCGUUGUUGUAUAUAAAAUCCAAGGUUUAAUUCUGUGUCGAGAUGUGGUUUUCAGUUCACACUGUGUGUUUAAGACGUCAGAUACUCCGUAAAAGAGGCUUCGUCGGUACUUUCCUGAAGUGUAACGGGCACCGAGAUGCUAAUGUUUCCCCAUUCAGUGUUUCAGCUGGACGCUACGAGCAGACCUGCCGGGCUCUCGUAUACAGAAACCACGGAGACCCUUCACGAGUUGUUCAGUUGGAAGAUGUACCUCUGCCCCCAACAGGUGCAAAGGAUGUGCUGGUUAAACUGCUGGCAGCCCCCAUAAACCCAUCUGAUAUAAAUAUGAUUCAAGGCACUUAUGCUAUUCUUCCCAACCUCCCAGCUGUUGGUGGUAACGAGGGUGUAGCCCAGGUUGUCGAAGUGGGCAGCCAGGUCAAGUCUCUCAGAAAAGGAGACUGGGUCAUUCCGAGAGAUGCUGGUCUGGGGACAUGGAGGACAGAGGCUGUGUUAGCAGAAGAUGACGUCAUCUCGCUUCCAAAGGACAUUCCUCUGCUCGCUGCUGCCACUCUAGGGGUGAAUCCCUGCACAGCCUUCAGGAUGCUGUCUGACUUUAAGGAUCUCAAGUCAGGGGAUUCUGUGAUCCAGAAUGCAGCCAAUAGUGGAGUGGGGCAGGCUGUUAUACAGAUUGCUGCUGCAAGAGGAAUAAACACUAUAAAUGUUAUUCGGGGCAGGUCAGACUUCGCACAGCUCUGCAAGCGGCUAAAAGCUGCAGGAGCCACCCAUGUGAUCAAAGAAGAGACUCUGAGGCAGCCUGAGAUGAAGGACCUGUUCAAGACAUGUCCAAAACCUAAACUGGCUUUAAAUGGAGUUGGAGGCAAAUGUGCAACAGAACUGCUCCGUCAUCUCCAAGUUGGAGGGUCUAUGGUGACAUACGGAGGCAUGUCCAAACAGCCAGUCACUGUUCCUGUGAGUGCACUUAUUUUCAAGGAUUUGGAAAUUCGGGGGUUUUGGGUCACACAGUGGAAGAGAGAUCACGCUCAUGAUGGGAGAGCAUUUAUAGCCAUGAUGGAUGAACUGUGCUCCCUCAUCCGGCAAGGGAAGCUCACGGCUCCUGCCUGCACCGAGGUACCCCUAGAAGAGUAUCAGAGGGCUCUGGAUGCAGCCAUGCAGCCUUUUACUUCCAGUAAACAGGUUCUGAUGAUGUGAACUUUUUUGGUUUCGUCAAGCAACUAAAAUGUCUCCUGACAGCUGAGGUGUAACCACAGGCCCGCCACAAUAUAUUUAGCAUGUCAGCACA